CUUCCAGACGAGAUGUGCGCGCACACACACCGUAGGCUGUUUGACCUCAGUUGACAGUUUGUGGAUUACUUUGCGCUGACUACGCUUUUUAGAAGUUCUCCUUUUUUGUGCUGGAUGGAAUGAAGGUUGGGUAGGCGAAAGAAAGAGAGAGAAAUUAUGAACGUUUAGUAAGAGAGAAGGGUCACCAAAAGGAUACAUUGCAUGAAGUGGACUCUGAUAUAAGGACGUGUAUGGAAUAGACCAAUUGCAAGAGAGGAAGAACAUUUUGCAAUAUUUUUGUGCAUGCACAUUUUGAAUAAAAGAGAGAGAGAAGUUCAUCUUAUUUUCUGUCUUUAUCAAUUCAUUAAUAUUGUUUUCUCUAGCUACUACGAGUUGGAGAACAAUUUACCUUUGGCAUACAGGCAACUUCACGUAACGGGAAAAGAGAGUUGCUGAAAAGUGGACCCAUAUGAAAUAGAAAACUGAAAAAAGAGGACACUGACUUUUGUAGUAUUAUUUUCUACAUGUAAUUUUCAAUGUAUUUUUUCUAUGUGAACAACUAAGUUGUAGCCUACAUUUUUAUAUCAAGCCAUAACCCAACCAUGCAGCACGAACGCUUGCUGAAGGUUCUAGUCAUCGGUGACCUGGGGGUCGGGAAGACAUCCAUAAUAAAGCGUUAUGUCCAUCAGAUAUUCUCCCAACAUUACAGAGCCACCAUCGGAGUCGACUUCGCCCUCAAAGUCCUCAAUUGGGAUCACAAGACGAUCGUGCGACUGCAGCUGUGGGACAUCGCAGGCCAGGAGCGCUAUGGCAACAUGACGCGGGUGUACUAUCGCGAGGCUGUAGGAGCGUUGGUGAUCUUUGACAUGACACGGGCCUCUACCUUCCAGGCUGUCCUCAAGUGGAAGGGAGACCUCGACUCCAAGGUUGCACUGGGGAACGGGAGGCCGGUUCCGGCCGUCUUAUUGGGUAAUAAAUGUGACCAGCUGAGUACAGGUCUCUGUUCCAAACUGCCCAAACUGGAGAACUUCACUAGAGACCACGGCUUUGUAGGGUGGUACGAGACCUCCGCCAAGGACAACACCAACAUUGAUGCGGCCAUCAUGUGUUUGGUAGAGAGCAUCAUGGCUGUAGAAGAGGAGAGGCCGCCAGGUGGAGAUCCUAGAGACCCUAGUGUCCUGGUCUUACCACGCUUUGACUACAAUAUGAAAGACAGGACCGGGAUGGCUGGACUGUCUGGGUGCGAUGGGUGUAAAAAGAGACCUCUGCCUGGCCGAAGGGAGAUGGGGGAUAUCUGAGGGAUGAGAGAAGGGGAGAAGGAGUGGAGGAGAGAGGAUAGGGAGCUUGCUAGUUGUGAUGGGUGUAAUAAGUUAACUCUACCGGGCCAGAGGGACAUGGGUGAUAUCUGAAGGGGUAAUGGAGGAAGAGAGAAGGACAGUGGCUUUUGACUGCAACAAACUCUCUAUCCUAGGAUGGAAGGGGACUGAGGGGGAGAGAUGGAGGGAGACAUGAGAAGUAGUAGGGGGAUAGAGAGACACACAGAGAGAGAGGGGGAUGGGAAAGAUAGUGAGUGAGUGUGAAAGAGAGAGAGAGAGAGAUAGCAGCAUGAUACAUUAGAUAUGGAUGGACUGCUACAGAGGGCCAUGUGAACUGAGCUGAGCCUGGAUGACAUGAGAGAUCUAAUCAAAUCGCAGUGGAAGAUAGACGCAGCCACAUCGGCAAGGAAACAGCUGGGAUGUUAUCAAUAGUGUUACUGUUGCAUCACACUCAUCACGAAGGCUGCUUUCGUAAAUUCACUCUGGCCAUCUACUCCGAUUUCAGAGCAGUCUCGUCUGAGUGUGCCAGAGCGCAGAAUAACUGGUGAAUUUACGAACGUGCAACACUCGUUGAAUAAGACCGGUGUCAAUAAACGUCGGCAAAAAAACGUGACUAAAUUGUUGCCAGCAGCACAGUUACAGUCACUAAUGCUCUAGAUAACAUGAACACCAAUGGCCAAUGGUGACCUAACCAGCUUUGCUAGGGCGAGUAAAAUGGUCAGUGAGGUGUUUUCUCAUUUGUGUCUGGAAGUAGCUAGCGAGCUAGCCAACUUUAGCCAGUUAGCUUGGGUGCUUCAUUGCUGUUGCGAGGUCAGAAUACUCGGAUCAACCCUUCUCCUCGGCUAGAGCGUCCAGUGUGCGCUCUGAACGCUCCGAGAGCAAAAACGCUCUGAAUUUACAAACGACCCAAUGCGUACUCUGACACACUGGAGGCAAUUUAUGAACACAAAAGUUGAAGGCAUCUUCUGUUUAUAUGUGUGCUUGUGUGUUUAGUUAUAACCCUCAACAUUAGACUUCUGCCUCUACACAGCUUUGUAAAGUAUAAUUAAUGUUCAACAAGUGUUUUUAACAGGAAGCUAUGGCCAGGUCACACCAGAAUGAUGCUAAAGCUUACUGUAUGCUUCCCAGUCAAAACAGUUUGGACAUACAGUGGGGAAAAAAAGUAUUUAGUCAGCCACCAAUUGUGCA